AUGAGAACCCCUUUGCACGCUGCUAUAGGCAAGUCUUACAGUGCAUGUGAUAUAAUUGAGACGUUGAUAAGUUGGGGAGCAAAUGUAAAUCAAAAGGACGAAUAUGGUUUUACUCCACUGCACCUGGCUGCCCUUGACAGUCUCUCAGCGUGCGUGGAGACAUUAAUUUAUCACAGUGCUGACGUAACUACGAGAGCUAAGAAAGGAAACUCGGCUCUUAAUGUAAUAGCUAGAAAAACACCGGCGUCUCUUGCGAUGGUAACUAGAAAAUUGGACUGUGCGAUUACGCUUCGCCAUACAAAGACGAGCAAUAGAGAGGUCGAAUUGGAAUUAGAUUUUAGGAGAAUUUUGCAUCGCUGUUAUUCACGUGAAAUAAGUUAUUUGAACACAUUUGUCGAUGAGGGACAAAAAGAAGUCUUACUCCAUCCACUUUGUUCAGCAUUUCUUUACAUAAAAUGGGAGAAAAUACGUAAAUAUUACGUUGCCAGGUUGUUUCUAAGCUUCAUUUUCGUUUUAUGUUUAACACUGUAUGUUUUGACGGCAUUGGCACAUAAUUGCUAUAAUGGUAGUAAAGAUAUGGAGGAGACUAUACAAGAGCAAGAACUGUGUCAAAAACAGUCGAGCCUUGGUGAUUUGUUAAGGAAAAAUCCUUUUGUUAUUGAAAUGCAAUGGUGGGUGCUAGCCGGUAUCACAAUCUUUGAGAUAUUCAGGAAAGUUUAUGGAAUAUCUGGAUAUUCCACAGUAAGACAAUAUUUAAUGCAAUCUGAAAAUAUUAUUGAGUGGUUCGUGAUCGUAAGCGUUUUCCUCAUAUCGUAUAUCUACACUAACCUAACAUACACUUGGCAGAAACACGUAGGAGCGUUCGCUGUACUCGCUGGUUGGACAAACCUGAUGAUGAUGAUUGGGCAGCUACCAGUGUUUGGCACUUACGUCGCAAUGUACCAAAAAGUCCAAAAAGAAUUUGCAAAGCUAUUGAUGGCUUAUUCUUGUAUCUUAAUUGGGUUUACUAUAAGUUUCUGUGUAAUAUUUCCUGAUUCCUCAUCAUUUGCAAACCCAUUUAUGGGAUUCAUAACAGUUUUGACCAUGAUGAUCGGUGAACUAAAUUUGGAUUUACUACUCAAUGAACCAGAUGGAAAUGACCCUCCCAUCCUAUUAGAGUUCUCAGCACAAAUCACUUACGUAGUUCUUAUGAAUCUGCUUGUGGGUAUAGCCGUCAACGACAUCCAGGGACUGAGGAAAACUGCUGGUCUGUCAAAACUUGUCAGACAAAAGAAGCUGAUAUCAUACAUGGAAUUAGCAUUAUUCAAUGGAAAUCUGCCAAAAUGUCUAUUAAAAAUUUUGCACUCCUCGGCGUUGGUGUCCCCACAAGCGUGUAGAGUCGUAUUGAGCGUUAAACCGUUAAACCCAAGCGAGAAACGACUUCCUCAGGACAUAAUGAUGGCAGCUUAUGACAUAGCAAAAAUGCGAAAGCAAUACGGCCACACUAUUUCUUCGAGCGGUUCUACAAAAAGGGGGUAUUCCUGUUUCGAGAAAUAUGAAAAUAACAAUGACAGUGGUUAUCGAGAGUACGGGUACUCUACAGGGUUGGGCAGUUUGCAAGCAAGAUUAGAUGAAACUUCGGAAAAUGUUAAGCAGUUGAGGCAAGAAGUGAGAGAAUUAAAGAAGCUGAUAAACGCCCAACAGCUUGUGUUACAACAAGCGCUCUCCAGCGCGAUGGACCGUUGA